UUCCAAGCAYCUGAAAGGUGACUUUAACUAUGCAUGGCCCACAGCAGAAGUAGCUGUAAUGGGAGCACAGGGCGCUGUUUCUAUCAUUUUCCGUGGAAAGAAAGACAUUAAAAAAUAUGAGAAUGAGUAUGUGGAUCGGUUUGCCAACCCUUUCCCUGCUGCAACAAGAGGUUUCGUUGACGACAUCAUUGAGCCGCGCAUGACAAGAAGAAGAAUUUGUGAGGACCUCGAGGUUUUGGCGACAAAGAAACGAGAAAACCCUUGGAAAAAGCACGGGAAUAUCCCUCUCUAGAUUCACAAGGUUAUCAAUAUCAAAUGAGAUAAAGAAAUAGAUCGUUUUCAAUUGAGAGUAAUUUCUAUAAAAUUGGCUAAGCGAAAUAGACCCCGAACUGAUCUAAAGGUAGACUAAGUUAUUCCAAAAAGUAAGGUUAACGUACGGAAAAAAAGGAAAAUUAUCAGUAAUGCUAACUUCAUAUUUUAUAUACAAACUAUUUUAGGAAGACACGAGUGAAAUGUUGGGCAAGUGUUUAAAAGUGAUGUUUAUUUUAAUUUUGUCAUAAUUUAUUUUCUUGGAAGGCACACAGUUGUACAUGUAUACCUUUUUGACUGAAUUUUUUGGAAAAAAUGUAGGAGCAAAUCCAGCAUUGUAUAGGAAGUAUAUGCAGUAUAUAUUAUAAAAGCAUAAUUUAUAGUAUAUUGUUUGCACUCUAUUGUAGAGUACCCAGUAAAACAUUAGUUAGUCUUUAUUUUACUUUUUUAAAAUCCUCGACUUUCAAUCGAUCGUGUUCAUCUAACCACCUGUACACUAAUAUACGUGUAUCAAGAGUAAGGCGUUACAUCGAGCAUGAUGAUCAAUGAUUUAAAUAAACUACUGAAACAUCGA